AUGGCCUCGCACGUCCAUGCCACAGCCGUUAUAUACCGCAUCGCCUGCAUUCCUGGGGACGGCGUCGGCCCCGAGGUCGUAGAAGCCGGUGUCCGUGUGCUGAACACACUAUCCUCUACCCUUGGAACCUUUGGACUCCACUUUACUACUUUUGACUGGGGCGCCACAUGUCUGUUCAGCGAGGGCGAAUGUAUGCCCUCGAACGGACCCGACGAGCUUAAGGAUUACGACGCCAUCUACUUUGGCAUUGUGGGUCAGCACGGCGUCCCAGAUGAGUUCUUGCUGACUUCUUUGAUCCUGCCCAUACGCAAGUCGCUAGAUCAUCAUGUCAACGUGCGACCUAAGCGCAUUCUCCCGGGCACGACCUCUCCAUUGAUAGGUUGCAUACCUACCAACCUCGACUGGAUCAUCAUCCGUGAGAAUAGCGAAGGCGACUAUUCGGCCCAGGGUGGUGUCCUUCAUGAAGAUGGUCCACACGCAGUAGCUACCGAAGUGAGUAUCUUCACCAAGGUCGGUACCGAGCGGGUCAUGAGAUAUGCAUUUGAGAUAGCCAGGUCGCGACCACGGAAGAAAUUGACCAUGGUGACCAAGAUGAAUGUCCACAAUCAUGGCAUGGCGCUCUGGGACAAAGUUUUUGACGAGGUUGCAAAAGAGUAUGAGGACGUGCAGAGUGACAUCAUGCUUGUCGAAGCAAUGCCGACCCGCAUGACUCUGUAUCCCUCGGCCUUCGACACAAUCGUCGCUACCAAUUUGCAUGCAAAUAUCCUGUCAAAUCUUGCAGCGGCGCUCAGCGGAUCAACUGGCAUAACUCCUUCAUGUCAUCUUGACCCUUCACGUAAGAAUCCAAGCUUAUUUGCGCCGACUCAUGGUUGUGCACCUGGCAAUGCUGGAAGAGGCAUCGCCAACCCCAUUGGAGCGAUUUGGAGUGCUGCCGAGAUGGUGCGAUGGAUUGACGAGGACAAGGCAGCCGAUGUACUGAUCAAGGCUAUCGAAAACGUCACUGGACGUGGUAUAAAGACCACGGACCUUGGUGGGAAUGAGACCACCGAAGGUGUGACUGAUGCUAUGUGCGCCGAAGUCGAGAGGCUCCUGAAAGCAUGA